AUGGAAUCUCCCACGAGUCCCAUGCUCAUCGACGACGGUCGCGAUGUCGACUCUCUCAGCAUCGACACGCGCCUGCCCAGGGCUGAAAGGGCACAAUCAAUCAUUCACCAAGCCGAGGACGAGGAGGAAGACGAGAACAAGGCAACGGUUGAGCUGGCUUCCAUCAUGACAACCACCUCGAACCCGGUAUCACCCGGCCCAUCAAGCCCGCCGCUGAAUCAGGUACGAAUGCAAGACUUCAUCCCUCCAACACGCCCAAGUAGCACGCCGUUCCCACAACCCGAGCCACGAAGUACAGAUUUGCGCUGCCUGAGGUGCCCUUCAGAAGCCUCGAUGGAUCCCGACGAACCCGGCGUUUCUGACAUCCCAUCGGUGCAAACCGACAACGAGAACGCCGGGCUCAACCUCUCAGAUCUUCCUGCCGAGAUCCACGAAUGCAUCUUGGAUCAUCUAUUUGGCUACCGGGUAUCUACAUCAUCCAAGAGCUCAAUCACGCGGUGGGGGACUGCUUUGCGGCAUCCAAGAAGGAAGGAGCUUUCUGAGCUAUCACGAGUGAGCCGGACUUGGAGGAUGUUGAUCCAAGACAGGCUCUAUCGGCAUAUCAAGCUCAAGGCGACCAUCGAUUCUUUGAGAGGAUCGUUCGAGUACUUUGCUGCUCAUCCACAUUUACGAUCAUAUAUCAAACAUGUGGAGAUCUGGUUUCCGGUAUUCCGGCCAAAAUAUGGACCUCUGGCUCUGGGGACGGCAAACACCCUUCCCACAGUUACGCCGGAUGGCUUGACAACGGCGUCUUAUGUCUUACCCAUGGAUAACUGCUCUCUGGAAGAAGCCUUUUAUUUCGUCGCCAACACCUUCCCAGAUGUGUGCAUCAUGACGCUCGAAGGUGGUGAACGGCGCAAAGCACCGAAAGUGAGGCAUUGGAUCGGGGAGGAUCAGUCUUGCCCACGCACGAUGCCCAGGGUGAACUCGGUCCACACCCUUAUUUGCAAGGGACAAUGGAACUUGAUCCGGGGGCAGGACGACUUUGAGACCAUCACGUCCGCCCUGCCUAAUCUGAAGGAGUGGCAGGGCUCCUUCAGCAAACCGAAAUCCAAGAGCUACCUCACCAUGGCCGACAUCUUCUCCAAGCCCAUGAAAUUAGAAAAGCUGGUUCUCUGUCUGGAGGGUGACUAUCGACGAGAAAUGUCUUUCCCAUCGUACUUUCUCAAGGUGUCGAGCAAGGUGCACUUUUGCUCCAAGCUGGCCGACGCGGCCGCUUCUCCCUACCUGGAGCAAAUAUCGUACACGGGGAGAGUUUGCCAGCAGUUCUUCAACGAUCUUGUCCUCAAGUGUCACGACACGAGGCUAUCACGCCUAAAGCGGAUCGACCUAACUGUCAAGAACUGCUGUCGGAAGGUGGCCCACUGGAACGAAUCGGGGUCGGGAAUCACAGACAUGAACUUCAUCAAGGCAUUUGAGCAGCUGGUGCUUGCUGGUAUUCGAGCACUGGGGAAGUUACAGUCGAUUGAGUACCUCCGGAUUCGCUACGUGGACCUAGAUUCCCCUGUCCCACCUUUGAAUCCUUACUUUUUGCUCGACAAAGGGUGGUGUUCGGGCGUGUGGAGCGAUGAGAUCGUCGCCGAGCUCAAUAUCUCAAGGCCAUCGGUUCAGUUUGAGGAACUGUCCGAGUCGUUUGGAGAGGUGGGGUACAACAAGGACGGCCGGAUGACCAUCAGUCCGGAUUUCCCUCGCUCCAAGAGUCUGUCUUUGAAGCUGGAAAACUACGCGAUGCUGAGUGUUGGGAUCGCGAUGCCGUAG